CAGCGAGGCGUCAUCAUGGCUGACCAAGUGCCCCCCCUGGAGGAUGUGCCGGAGGUUUUGGAAAGAGUGCAAAAUGCAGAACAGAUGAAGAGAACGGCUAAAGAAAACAAAGAGGUUUCUUUACCCGAGGUCCCAACAAAAAAGGCUUCUCUCUUGCAGGCAUCAGCUCAGAAAUCCUCAUCAUCAAAUUUUGGUGGAAUGAAGAAAGGUUUUCUCUUUGGAGGACCCACAAAGGGAAAGAAGAGUUUGUCUACCAGGACAAGUAAUAAGUCAUCAGGUGCAGCCACACAAUCUGCUGAGAACAUCCCGAUGAUCAGAGCCCGACCGGAGAAUUCCAGUCUUGUGUUUAAGGAGGUCCAAAAUGCCAUGGAUGCUAACAAUGCCAUGGAGUUCCAAGAUAAGUUAGCAAAGAAGCUGGAAACAAACGCCCACGUACGAGAUGUAUUGUCUGACCCAGCGUGGAUACCAAUUCUUGAUGAAUUUCAGCGAGAUCCUGAGGCAGCAAUGAAGAAAUAUAGAAAAGAUGUAGAGGUCACAAGCACCUUGAAAGAGCUGUGUAAUGUCUUGGGUGACACCUUCCUGCACAUGAACAGUAGCAUAAAAAGUGAAGAGGAACUUUUGUCUAGCAAGUUAAUGGAGAAUCCACAAGUGAAGGAGGCACUAAUGGAUCCCUUGGUGCAGCAGAUGAUGGUGUCCAUGAAGCAAGGAGCAAAUGAUAAAGUUCAGAGAUGCUUCCAGUCAGCAAACCCAAGUCAAAAGAGACACAUUCAGACUCUGAUAGAUGUUGGUUUGUUCAGUUUUGCUAUGUAACUCCAUAAAAGAAAUAGAUCUCAUUCAUAAUUAAGAUGGUAGGUACUGGACUACUUAGUUAAUCAAACCACAUCAGUGUACAACAAAACUCAAUGCAAUUAAAGAAUUCUAACCAA